UGUCAGAUAGUGGGGUAACGGUGGGAUCCCAACCUUUAGACUGACACCCACCCAGUGUCAUUGGCAUUCUCUGCACUGCCUUCCUCGCUAUUCGUCAGGCGAAGGGGAGAGUGUAAGAGAACAAAAAGAGAGGGGGGAGUGAAAGAGAGAGAGCAAAAACGAGUGCUUCUGAAUGAUUGUACUGUCGCCACAACCGGGGACAAUUAAGAGAAUUGCAUUAUAUGUCUUAAUCUUACCAGUCAAGUGGGUGAGAUAUAGACAGAGAGAGGAAGAGAGAGGGAACCCGAAAGAGAGAGGGGUACAGGUGCCACAGACACAUGUCAUUAUUGCCUUCCUCUUUAAUUUAGUUUUUUCUUUUCAUCUCAGAACGAGAUCCCUUUUGAGGACUGUUCGCUCCGUUCGCCGCAAGGGAAGGCGGGAGAAUGAAAGAGUUAUUUUUUUCCAAUUGAAACAGAACGUUCUUUUUCCUCCCGGCUCUUUGAUUUGUUAACAGCACACACUCGCUCAUUCUGCCGUCUGUUCAUCGCUCCACCAGGGCAGAAAGCUAGAUACUUCACCUUCACCUCCGUCUAAAUCCCCUUUUUCACUGCUGUUGGGUAUUUUUCACUCCUGUAGAAAAUGCAUCCUUUUGCACCCUGAGGGAAUCAUUUCCUAUUAAAGAACAAACCCAGGGGUUGGACAUUACUCCUAUAUAGGUUUCCCCCGUAAUACACCGUAUCACCAUAUCAAAAAGAAUAGACUACUUGGUGAAAAGAAACAGAAAACCCUCCCAAAGCCCAGAGACCCAGUCCCUCACGACACCCCCCAACUCCUUUCUCUUCCUCCCUCCCUCCCUCCGCCUUCCCCUCCUCUCGGAUCUUACUCCUCUCGCUCCAUUCCUUUUAUCCGUGGGGGCAUCCCACUCCCCGCCGGGACUAAGCCGGCUUGCAUCCGCGGGAAUCUUUUGAUAUCGGCUCCUGGUGUCGUCUGAUUCAUUCUCAGGUGGUGGACCAGGCAGCCAGAAGACCGUUCUCCAUGAGGAGUAGUGGAAGAUGCCGGCUCUGCCAGCGCUGCUGCUGUCGAUUUACUUCCUCUUACUGUUGCUGACCAUGGCCCCGCUCUCUUUCACCCAGGCUCCCGCACUCUCCUCCGUCAGAAUGGCGGCCAUUUUGGACGACCAGUCGGUGUGUGGGCGAGGGGAGCGGCUAGCGCUGGCCCUGGCCAGGGAGAACAUUAACAGUAUUUUUGAGGGCCAGUCCAGAGCCCGGGUGGAGGUGGACAUCUUCGAGCUGCAGAAGGACUCACAGUACGACACCACCGAUACCAUGUGUCAGAUAUUGCCAAAGGGAGUGGUCUCUGUGAUUGGCCCCGCCUCCAGUCCUGCCUCAGGGUCAACUGUCAGUCACAUCUGUGGAGAGAAGGAGAUCCCUCAUGUGAAGGUGGGCCCGGAGGAGACGCCCAAACUCCCAUACCUCCGCUUCGCCUCGGUCAGUCUCUACCCCAGCAACGAGGACCUGAGCCUGGCUAUUGGGGCCAUCCUCCACUCUUUCAGCUACCCCACCGCCAGCCUCAUAUGCGCCAAGGCAGAGUGCCUGCUGCGAUUGGAGGAGCUGGUGCGGCGCUUCCUGAUCUCCCGGGAAACACUGUCCGUUAGGAUGCUGGAUGAAAGCCUGGACCCCACCCCCCUGCUAAAGGAGAUUAGAGACGAUAAAGUGGCUACUAUCAUCAUCGACGCCAAUGCCUCCAUCUCCUACCUCAUCCUCAGAAAGGCAUCAGAACUGGGGAUGACAUCAGCGUUUUACAAGUACAUACUCACCACAAUGGACUUUCCCCUGCUGCGAUUGGACGACGUGGUGGAUGACCAAUCCAACAUCGUAGGUUUCUCCAUGCUCAACAGCAGCCAUCCCUUCUACCUGGAGUUCAUCAGGAGUCUCAACCUGUCCUGGAGGGAGAGCUGUGACCUCAGCCCCUACCCCGGCCCGUCGCUGUCGUCGGCUCUUAUGUUUGAUGCGGUGCAUGUGGUGGUGGGGGCGGUGCGUGAGCUCAACCGGAGUCAGGAGAUUGGAGUGAAGCCGCUCAGCUGCACCACUCCUCAGAUCUGGCAACACGGCACCAGCCUGAUGAACUACCUGCGCAUGGUGGAGUAUGAUGGGUUGACCGGCAGGGUGGAGUUCAACAGCAAAGGCCAGAGGACAAACUACACCCUGAGAAUCCUGGAGAAGCACCGUGGGGGUCAUAAAGAGAUCGGGAUCUGGUACUCUAACAACACAUUGGCGAUGAACUCGACAUCUCUGGACAUCAACAUGUCGGAGACGUUGGCUAACAAGACGCUCAUCGUCACCACCAUAUUGGAGAACCCGUAUGUGAUGCAUAAGUCCAACUACCAGGAGCUGCGGGGAAACGACCGGUACCAGGGCUUCUGUGUGGACAUGCUAAGAGAGCUGUCGGACUUGUUGAAGUUCUCCUUCAGGAUCAAGCUGGUGGAUGACGGGCUGUACGGAGCGCCUGAACCGAAUGGAUCCUGGACAGGCAUGGUGGGAGAGCUCAUCAAUAGGAAAGCAGACUUGGCGGUAGCUGGGUUCACCAUCACCUCAGAGAGGGAGAAGGUCAUAGAUUUCUCCAAACCCUUCAUGUCCCUGGGCAUCAGCAUCCUGUACAGAGUCCAUUUGGGACGGAAGCCAGGUUAUUUCUCCUUCCUGGACCCGUUCUCUCCGGCCGUGUGGCUCUUCAUGCUGCUGGCCUACCUGGCUGUCAGCUGUGUGCUCUUCCUAGCCGCCAGGUUGAGUCCGUAUGAGUGGUACAACUCCCACCCGUGUCCUAUGGGGCGAAAGGACAUGCUGGAGAACCAGUACACCCUGGGUAACAGCCUGUGGUUCCCGGUGGGAGGCUUCAUGCAGCAGGGCUCUGAGAUUAUGCCCCGCGCCCUGUCCACGCGCUGCGUCUCCGGCGUCUGGUGGGCGUUCACUCUUAUCAUCAUCUCCUCCUACACGGCCAACCUGGCAGCCUUCCUCACUGUUCAGAGGAUGGAGGUGCCCAUCGAGUCUCCUGACGACCUGGCUGACCAGACAAACAUCCAGUAUGGUACCAUCCAAGGAGGCUCCACCAUGACCUUCUUCAUGAACUCGCGCUACCAGACGUACCAGCGCAUGUGGAACUACAUGCACUCCAAGCAGCCCAGUGUAUUUGUGAAGAGCACGGAGGAGGGCAUCGCCCGCGUGGUCAACUCCAAAUACGCCUUCCUGCUGGAGAGCACCAUGAACAAGUACCACCGCCGCCUCAACUGUAAUCUCACCCAAAUAGGUGGUCUUCUCGACACCAAGGGCUAUGGCAUCGGCAUGCCCCUGGGCUCGCCGUUUAAAGAGGAGAUCACUCUGGGGGUGUUGCAGCUGGCAGAGAACAACAGGCUGGAGAUCCUGAAGAGGAGGUGGUGGGAGGGGGGGCAGUGCCCCAAGGAGGAGGACCACCGAGCCAAGGGUCUGGGCAUGGAGAACAUCGGGGGCAUCUUCGUGGUAUUGAUCUGCGGCCUAAUCAUCGCUGUGUUCGUGGCCGUCAUGGAGUUUGUGUGGUCCACCCGCCGCUCGGCAGAGACAGACGAGGUACGCCCUCACUCCUGCCCCGGCCAAAACCACAGACGCACUCCAGUGUCAGUGUGUCAGGAGAUGCUGACUGAGUUCCGCAACGCCAUCUCCUGUAAGAAGAGCUCACGCUCUCGGCGGCGGCGUCCCUUGGCCAGCACUAGCGGCGUCUUGCGCCACCCCACCCGCCUCCAGCUGGGUGUCCCGAGACCCAUCCGCCUAGUCCGCGAGAUGCGCCUCAGCAACGGCAAGCUGUACAGCAGCUCGGGCCACCUGACUGGCGGAGGGGGAGCAGCAGGAGGGGGGUGUGGGGCCGUAGGGGGGGGGCCCUCAGACAUGGGUCCGGGGCCACAGCGCCUCCUGGAGGACCCACUGGGUGCCAAUACCACGACACCCCCUCCCCCGCCCGAGGCUGCCACGGCGCCACCCUCCCGGAGCUGUGCCCAUGUGCGGAUCUGCCAGGAGUGUCGGCGCAUACAGAGCCUGAGGUCAGCAUCGUCCUUCUCACGUAUCCCGCCCCACCUCGGCCCACACUCUUCCAUGUCCCUGCCCCGCCUCACUCCACCCCCGCCACCCUCAUCCACCAACACCGACAGCGAGGGGGGCGGCUGCGGCACAGCGAGCCCCAAGCGACCCAAGCCUAAGCCCACGCCCCCUCCGCGGCCCUUACCCCCGGCGAAGGCGCCCACCACAGACCUGCUGCUGGGGAAACAAGACUGAGGAGGGACGGAGGGAUCGGACAUGUGACAAAGAUCGAGGGUUAAAAGUCAAAUGUCAGGGUUCAACAGAGAAACGCGUAGGAACGAGGUGCGGAAGGGGCUGUGAGCUUGUAGUGCAUUGACACGGCAGGAUCAAACCACUCUGACCUGUUUGAGGGGGUUAUUCUCCAGGGCAGAAUUUGCGGAGACACCAACCUAGUCAAGGCCGUCCUCCUAAACCAGGAGUCCUGGUAAGCAAUGGAUCAGGCUGUCUAUGGAGUGGGAAAUGACUUUUGACCACAUAUGACCGUUAGCUGCCCUUACGGUGCAGUGAGAGACCAUGUGGUGACCGUUCAACAGUAAGCAUAAGUGUGUUCAAGCUGCCUGGUUUGGCUUUUGACCUUCUCUCUCUCUUUCACUUGGAUCUGAUGGGAGGACUUGACCUAUCCAACAAGCGCUGGAGAGAUUCAGGGGACCAUAGAGACUUCAAACACACAGACACUCUUGCGUUUAAAGAAGUCGGUUCUCGCCAAGAAGAUGCAUAUUUUUUCCCCCAGAGCAGCUGGAAGAGCUUGAACUUUGGAAUUUGUGUUUUCGAUUUGCUUUCUGUCAGAGUCUAACUCGCCUAAUUUAUUUUCUAUCUUUCUUUCUUUCUUUCGAAUAUCUUUUUAUUGUCGUCAUUGGUUUCUUGGUCACUGUUUAGUUAUUGACUCGUGUUUUUGGUCUGUCAUUAAAGAUCCUUACGAAAGCCAAUGUGGAGAUCAUGACCAUUCGUGCGUAAAUGAGGUAUCUUUCCCACCAGUCACAAGCCCGGGAACGAAGUUCAAAGGUCAAUAGUCUAAAAGAGGUCUUCUCUAAAACACAUUCUGACAGUACAGCCAGAUCACAGGACUCAAUAUUACAGUCCAUGUUUGCUUGUCAGAGUAGCAGAGAGUGGCCUUGCCUUCCAAUGAUCAACAAGCCAGUUUUGCCACAGAGUUUUAAACACAGAGUUAGUGUAUCACAGCCCCAUCAAAUUACAACGCAACAGAGCUACAGAGCACAGUUAAACAACACGGUACGUUGUGAAUCCUUCAAACAGAUCAGAAUUGAAUAAACUGGAUAUAAAUAGCAAGAGAAAAGGAGAAUACCAAAACUCAGCACAAGGAAUGACAAAUGAGACAAAACAAUGAUUACAUACAAGCAGAACAGGAGAAACGUGAUGCACAGUCCUGUCUGGCCAAUGGUAAUAGGAAACCUGUGUUAAUGUGUGUUCUGUGAUUCAUAUGGGGGUCAUAAGUGUGUGUGUGUGUGUGUGUGAGUGCAUACAGAGGAAAGAAUGGUGUCGAAGUGUAUUUUGUCAUAUUUAAUGCUCUUUCUUUCUCAUUUUCCCUCAGAUUUCUAUACCAGUGCUAAAUGGAUUAUUAAGGAAAUGACGACAAAUGUAUAUUAUUACGAUUAUAUUGUUAUUAUUACUCCUGUUGAAGUGUGGGGUACUGUAAGAGGGGCGUAGUCGUCUGAUGUUAAAUAUAUAGACACACAAAGGUAUUUGGAAUUAAAAAAAAAGCAGUAUACAAACGUCUGAAUCUGGUGUCGUUGCAUAUGUCCGUGCCGGUGUGUGCAUGGACAUAAACCUGAUUUAAUAUCUAGAAGUUGCACUUUCCUGCUGUAUCUAGUUGUGUUAUCGGUGGUCUGUCACACAGGAUGUUGUACACCGCACUGACAGACUCAUA